AUGACUGAGGCCCCUGAUAUUCAGUUCCUGUUUACUACCAGUUACAGACAUACAGAUGCUUACACCAUUGGGUCCAUGCUUUCUCAUGCAUUCAGCAAAAGUUGGCCUAGAACAGGAGCUGAUGAUCUUCAUAUUCUUCAGCAUGCUUUUACAUGGCCAGCAUUUCCUCAAUAUCUGAAAUGCCGGAUAUUACGUACUAGGCAAAGGACAGCAAUUCUUAGUGAAGAUUGUCAGAUACGACUUGCAGAGGUGUCGUCGCUUUUGCACAAAACUGUGAAAGAUGUGGAAAAUGGAACUGUUCAGAUCUGCAUGCUGGAAUUAGUGUUGAAAAACAAGGAUUCCUUCCUGGGACUGUGCAGAAUUAUAGAAGAUGUUGAAAAAGAAGCCCUACAAGAAGGCCAGCACCAGAAAUCAUCAGAAUCAGGCCAGAGUGAAAUGAAGCAAUCCAAAGUAGAUCAGUUAGACAUCAUUCUUCAGCAUCGUCUAAAGGAAAUGGAGGCUUUUGAGUCCAUCAAACAAUUCUUGGGAAUUUUUUCAGAACUCUGCAAAAGAAUACAACCAGUGAACACUGAUGCGUUAGAUCGCAGACUCCGACAGGACAUAAGCUGCAGAGAUCUGAGUGAUAUCUGUGAGCCUUACAUUAUGCAUCCUGAUGUAACACAAAACUGGCAGCCAGCUAUCACUUUCUUUGAUCAGCCUUCUGAAGUCUCUGACAUGAUGAUGCCUUUGAAAGAAAUCCACACCAGUCACAUAUUUACACGCUUCUGGAAGGAGUUUGGAUCAAUCGCCCACAAAGAGAAACUAGAAGGCACAGAUGAAGAAACAGAUGUACUGUCACUUCAAGAAGUUGCAACUGAAGUCUGGGGGAAAGCUUUCCAUUCAUGGGAGAACCUGGCCAAGUCUAUCAAACUGGGCACUGUCACUUUUGGUCAGAUGGAUGAAUAUUUUGCUUCUUUCAAGGAUAAGUACCCUGAGCUCAAAGAUGAGUUUGAUCUGAUGGGCAAUAUUUUAGAAGAUGCCAGGUGGAUAGAUGGUCGACUAGACCAGGUCAAACAGUAUCACAAACUUCAUGAGUAUCGUUAUGGGGCACAAGUCAUGAUGGAUGCAAAGAAAGAGCUUGGACUGACUGGUGACUUCAGCCUCAUAGAAAUUCUUGUUGAUGCAGGUGCAGGAAAAGAAAACCAAUUGAGCUCUAUCAAUAGCAAAGUGGUGGAUGCAGGAAAGGUUUUGAUCCGUGUGGACAACACAAAGUCUGACUGUAUUAAAGAUUUUGUUAAGUGUAGUCCACUUGUUAACUGGCUAAGAGAAAACAUCAAAGGAACCAAAGAACUGAAUGUAUUGGUGGAACUUGCCAUGAUUCAAGCAGGAGAGACAGACAUGGAGGUUGACAGGGUGUCCAUUUUGCAUGAUGCAGCAAUAGGCUUUGCGCCUCUAAUUUAUGAAGUCCAGACAGAUUGUGACUUUCAUCAGUUUCUCCAUCAGUGUGAGUUGGUGUGGAAUGCCCUAGACAAUGAUAAGCAUUUGCCUGUGAAGUUGAGAGACACAAUGAGACACCUGGACUGGGUAAAGAUGAUCAAGGAUUCACAUGGAUCAGUAGAGGUCUCCUCACUGGCUCAGGCUGAGGCUAUCAACUCCAGAGGCAUUUAUCAAGUUGGAAACGUAAGACCUGAUCAGCCAAAGACCAUGGGGAACACUAUAAAAUUAGUUGUUCCACCUGACCCAAGGGCAUAUGGAAAACGAAAUGAAGAAGAUGUGGACUUUCAAGAUGACAGACCAGUAGAAUACACUUUUGAGAAGCUUAAUGACCUCCAAAGUAAAUUGAUGUUAGUAGCAGGAAAAGUUGGGAAAGUAGACCACAGCAAAGCUGAAGUGGACAAGUUUGUAGAGGUUUUUGAUGCCAUAGGCCGCCUUGCAAAGGCAUACUUGAAAAUCUGUGCUGCAGGAAGUGUCCUCUUUAAUGACUGGACAUCAAAGUUUUUCUGCGACCUCACAAAACCAUGGAGCACCAUAAUUAGCUUUGGUUUAGCAGAACAAGAACUUCGAGGCAAACCUGACAGAUUACAAGAGGAAGGCCUAAGCACACAAAUUAGAGAGUUGUGUGAAUUCAUGGAGAAUUGCUAUGAAGACUGGCUUAAGUAUAUAGAAAAACAAAGGUGCAGUUACUAUGAGUUGAAUUUCUUCACCACAGAGCAGCUUGUGAUCCUCAGACGAGAGAUGGCAAAACUGGGAUUAGAGGGUCAAAGACCAUCAGAUUUGAUCUAUCCUAUGCUCCACAAUGUGAAAGCAAACUCCACUAAGCAGGAUCUAUUGAAGGUGAUGAAGACAGCUGUUCAGGAUCUCCAAGAAAUGGAGAAACAGAGAAACACAGAGGAGCAGAACGAUGCUGAAAUGACUGAAGAGCUGCCCUAUGCAAGUGAAAUGCCUGAUGAUGUUGAGGAAAAACAGAAAGUGGAGACUUUUCUUGAAGCUGUGAAAGAAGCAGGUUAUCCAGAAAACCUUGCCCUCAUGGCCCUUCAAAACUGUGGUCCUGAGGAUGUUGAUGAAGGGUUAUUGUGGUGUAUGGACAACUGGGAUGCUUUUCAGAGAGGACAGUUGCAAGCCACAACAUGUACCCCUGCAGGUCAAGACCAUCAAGUAGAUAUUGAAGAAGUUGACCUGACUUUUGCCAGACUCAGUGCUGGAAUGUCUAUGGGCACUUUGGCUGCAGAAUUGCUUCAAUCUACAUUGGGGAAAAAACAAAAAAGCUCAUUGAAAGACCAGUUAGAAGAGCUGUGGGGGAAUUUCUUUGGGAAGGUUGCUACAAGUGUCUCUGAUUACCUUAGCAUUGAGCAUCUAGGUCUGAUGUUGGCUCACCUUGCACGUCUAGAACCAGUCAAACUCGAAAGGACAUUCCCUGAAACCUGUUUGCAGAAAGGAAGACCUAAUCUGUUAGUGUGUCCCCAAGAUUGA